AAUGUUUCUCCCCAUCAUUCGAAAUCAUCAUCCUCUAGUAGUGUUUCUUUAGUUUCUCUAAAAGAUGGCACUUACUGGUAAGCUUAGCGUUGAAACCGUGAUCCGUUCACCUGCUGCAAAGUUCUUCAACCUCAUGGCAAGGCAACUCCACCAUGUUCAAAAUGUUUGUGACAGAAUCCAUGCGGCCAAACUCCAUGUUGGUAAUGACUGGCAUAGUGUUGGUGGUUCAGUUAAACACUGGACUUAUAUCAUUGAUGGCAAGGUGGUUACAUGUAAUGAGACGAUUGACAUCAUUGAUGAGCAGAAAUAUUUGGUGAUAUACAACCUCUUUGAUGGAGAUAUCAGUAAAAACUAUAAGGUUUUUAAGCUAGGUUUUCAAGUGAGUGAGAAUAGUAAUAAUAGCGGCGCUUCAGUUACCUGGAGUGUUGAAUAUGAGAAGAUCAACAAUGAUGUUGAAGCUCCAUAUGGCUACAUGGAGUAUCUUGACAAGUGCACUAAAGAAAUUGAUGCUUAUCUUCUCAAAGCAUAAGGGUGAUUAUCAAGUUAAUUGCUUGUUAUGAUCUAAAUAAUCCGUGUGAAGAAUAAGGAUGUUUCCAAUAAUGUUUGAUCUAAAUAUGUGUAUGUCAUCGAUAGUGGAUGAUUCUCGUUGAUUGCGUUAUGUGUUAUGUGUAAUAAAAAUAAUUGGAUAUUUA